UGCGUUUCAGACCCAUAACACCUCCAAGCCCGAUGUCGUUUAACAAGGACUUAACCAAAGACGAAGUCCCUCUCUCACUCCUCUGACUUCUCUGUCGCCGCAAAAUCUCGGAGCAUCUCAAUUCUCGAUCAGGAUGAGAAGAAACAAAUGCAAGAAGAGUAGUAGUAGUAGUAGUAGUAGUAGUAGUACUAUUAGUAGUGUUAGUUAUAUCCCUGAAGAAAUCUUGAUCAACAUCCUAGCAAGAUUACCUGCAAAGUCGCUCCUUCGGUUUAGGUGUGUAUCCCAGUCAUGGCGUGGUUUGAUUGGCAGCCCAAGUUUUGUUAGUAAACAUCUUAACAGGAAUGUUACAAAACUUUCGCAUACCUAUCUAAUUGCCCUCCAGCGCUUGAGAGAUAAGCCAGCACUUUGCCACUCGCUAUUUUCUACUGAAACAUUUGAGGAGUGUUUGAAGUUGAGACAUCCCUUGUGGACUGAGGAACAGUUUAGGAUAUAUGGUUCAAGUAAUGGGCUGGUUUGUAUUUCGGAUCAAGUACUGCGGCCGAGUAGUCCUAUAUGCAUAUGGAAUCCAUGUAUUAGGAAAUUUAGGACUCUUCCACAAUCAAUAUUCAAACCACAUUAUUCCAGUUAUGAUAUCUCUCUCUCAUUUGGAUUCCACCCGGAGCUUAAUGACUACAGAGUGGUAACAAUGGGUUGGUAUGUUCGAUCUAUCAUAAAGGUGCAGGUCUAUAGUCUUAGUACUGGCUCUUGGAAGAUGAUUGAAGUAAUUCCUCCUUGGUUAAAGUUCAAUCCAGACUGGUGUCGAGGAUGCGCAUUUUUCAAUGGAGUGGCAUACUGGCUUUUUACAAAGUCAAAAAAGUUUAGGUUUGUGUCAUUUGAUACGGAUAGUGAAGAAUUUGAAGAAUUAAUGGUUCCAGAUACUAUUUCCACCAAGGGCUUCACAUAUGUUGGAGUCUACAAUGGCUUGGUUUGCCUUUUUUAUUCCUAUCUUGAAGGUCCUGAUUGCCAGAAACCACAAAAAUAUAUGGACAUAUGGGUUCUGAAAGAACAGUCUUUUACCAAGUUGCACACUGCAGUUUUACUGCCCGGAAGAGACUAUUUGCCAUUGGGGUUUAGUAUCCAGAACGAACUCAUUGCGAAGGACAAAAAGCAUACUAAAGGUGAUGAAGGAGAUACGGGCCAGAUGGUUCUAUAUGAUCUCAAAAUGAAGCUGAUAAAGAAAACAGGGAUUAGCUUGGCGCAGGAUAGUCAUUACAAAACUUCAGCAGGUACUUACAUUGAAAGUUUGGUUCUACUCGAUCGUUAGAGAACUUGAAAGAGUUUAAAGCUACUAUGUAUAGCUGAUCUCCUUUAGUAUGUGUAUUCAUGACCAGUUGCAUUUAGAAAUGUACCAAUGCUCAAUCAAUAAUGAACUCCUUUACUGUUUUGAUUAGCUUUCAAUUUCAAAUAAGUUUAUCUCCUUGUGGAAUAUAACAAACUUCCCAGCUUUUCUAACCAUUAGUUGUUUCA